AUGGCGAUGGAGAAGGAGAAGAAACCGUCUGCUGUCUCCGACGUUGGCGCGUGGGCGAUGAACAUUGUAAGCUCCGUCGGGAUUAUAAUGGCUAACAAGCAACUAAUGUCCCCCGGCGGCUACGCUUUCAGCUACGCCACCACCUUGACCGGCUUCCACUUCUCCGUGACGGCGUUGGUCGGUUUAGUCUCAAACGCCGCUGGUUACUCCGCCUCAAAGCACGUUCCGUUCUGGGAGCUCCUCUGGUUCUCCAUCGUUGCCAAUACUUCGAUCACCGGAAUGAACCUUAGUCUCAUGCUCAAUUCCGUAGGAUUUUACCAGAUCUCAAAGCUAAGCAUGAUUCCUGUGGUUUGUGUACUGGAGUGGAUUCUUCACGGAAAACGUUAUUCGACGCAAGUCAAGGCGGCGGUGGCUGUAGUGGUGGUCGGCGUCGGUGUCUGCACCGUUACGGACGUCAAAGUUAACGCAAAAGGUUUUUUCUGCGCCUUAGUGGCAGUAAUUUCUUCAUCUCUCCAACAAAUUUCAAUUGGUUCAUUACAAAAAAAGUACUCAAUAGGCUCAUUUGAAUUGCUAAGCAAAACAGCCCCAAUUCAAGCAAUCUCUCUCCUUUUUCUUGGUCCUUUCAUCGAUUACUACCUCAAUGGCAAAUCCAUAUCGGACUAUACCUUGUCUUCUGGUGCAAUGUUCUUCAUCUUGCUCUCAUGCUCCCUAGCAGUGUUCUGCAAUGUGAGCCAGUACCUCUGCAUCGGCCGAUUUUCGGCUGUUUCGUUCCAAGUUUUGGGGCAUAUGAAAACAGUUUGUGUGUUGAUGUUGGGGUGGUUGCUUUUCGAUUCAGAGUUGACAUUGAAGAACAUUCUGGGUAUGGCUAUUGCUGUUAUUGGUAUGGUGAUUUAUAGUUGGGCUGUGGAGACUGCGAAGCAAGGUGGUUCCAAGUUGAUCUCAAGUAAAGACAUUCUAUCAGAAGAGGAUAUGAAAUUGUUAAAGGAAGGAGUUGAGGAAAUUGCAGCCAAAGAUGUGGAGCUUGGUGUCUCUAAAGGUUAG